UUUUGCUGAUUGUUACUUCAGCCGCGAAGGAACGCGAGAAGGCGGAGAAAGCGGCGCAGAAGAAGGCAGCGCAAACGCCUUCUUCGUCAGGCUAUACCACGCCAGUUUCUCAGGCCAUGUCUCCUGUGAAUACGCCGGGCGGUAGGGCCUCAAAGAAGUCUGGUACGGGUGCGAAGAAGUCGGGAGUGAUGACUCCUCGCGGUACGGGAGAAGAGGCACCAGCCGAUGAGCCCCCUCCGAAAAUAGCACUGGAGCGUGGCAAGCUGUUGCAGGAAGUUCGCAAAGUCCUUGAAGGGCAAGGAGCGGGUGACAAGAAGGCUGUUAGCUUGGUCGUGAUUGGACAUGUCGAUGCUGGAAAGUCGACGCUUAUGGGUCGUCUGCUCUAUGAUCUGGGGAGAGUUGACGAAAAGACCCGCAUUGCUAACGAGAGAGGCAGCAGUAAAGCGGGAAAGAGUAGCUUCAGCUGGGCAUGGGAAUUAGAUGGGACCAUCGAAGAACGGGAGAGAGGAAUCACGAUGGAUAUUGCGUUGCAAUCUUUGUCGACCUCUCAUCGACAAGUCACCAUUCUUGAUGCGCCUGGACACAAGGAUUUUAUCCCGAACAUGAUAUCUGGAGCUGCGCAAGCCGAUUGCGCGCUGCUUGUAGUCGAUGCCAACACUGGGGAGUUUGAGGCAGGUUUCGACCGUGGCGGUCAGACUCGUGAACAUGUACUACUGGUUCGGAGCCUCGGUGUAUCGCAGGUGAUUGUGGCUGUCAAUAAAUUGGAUCAGAUUAAUUGGGAUCAGAGUCGGUUUGAAGAAAUAUGUGGGUUGUUACGGGCCUUCCUCGUUCAGUCUGGGUUUCCCUCGUCGAAAACGAGUUUUGUUCCAGUAAGCGCCAUGCAAGGCGUCAACCUCGUCGACCGCACCGAUCCCGAUGCUUCGGCACUGUCUAAAUGGUACAAAGGUCCUACGCUGGUUGACUUGCUCGAUAAAUUGGAGCCACCAACUCGCGAAAUCGCCUCCCCACUGAGGUUGCCGAUCUCUAACGUCUUCAAGGGACAAAGUUCCGGGACGGGCGUAACCGGUCGUAUAUGCGGUGGCGUUGUGCAAGUCGGAGAACGUCUUCGAGUACUCCCGGGAGACGAAUCUGCAAUCGUAAGACUUAUCGACGUCGAGGAACAGAGUGUGCCUUGGGCAGCAGCGGGAACUAAUGCGACACUGUACCUGACUUCCAUUGAUCCCAUCCAUCUGAACAUCGGAAGUGUUCUGUGCCCGCCAUCGGACAUUGUCCCAUUAGCCACAGUCUUUACAGCUCGAAUCAUAGUAUUCGAUGUCCAGCUCCCAAUCAUCACCGGUGCAUCAAUCGAGCUCUUCCAUCACUCACGAGACGUACCUGCCACGAUAUCAAAGUUGAUAGCUACCUUGGACAGAGCUUCUGGGGUAGUGACGAAGAAGAAUCCUCGGGUGCUGACCAAGGGUACCUCCGCUGAGGUGGAGAUUAGCCUGCGUGCUGGGACUCUAUCGGGUCCUGCACUCAGCGCUCGCCCUAUUCCAUUGGAGCCAUUCUCGGUGAACAAAGACAUGGGGAGAAUUCUCGUUCGACGGGGAGGCGAGACGAUUAGCGCAGGUAUUAUUCUGGACAUCAUCUCAUGAAAUCAAGACAACAUCGCAAUAGAAACGCAUAUAUAGUGCCAACACUUAUGUACAACAGUCAAAUGAAUCCACAAUUAGAGUAAAAGAAUCCAACUAAGAGGUAUC